GCGGGGUGAUGGCGGCGCAGGACGUGCUGGGCCAGACCGCCCGGCUGGCCUCGUCCAGCGCCCUGCUGCAGGUGCUGUUCCGGGUGCUCACCUUCGGGCUGAACGCCUUCACCCUCCGCUACCUGUCCCGGGAGCUCAUCGGCGUGGUCAAUGUCAGGCUGACUCUGCUGUACUCCACAGUUGUCUUCCUUGCCAGGGAGGCGUUUCGCAGAGCUUGUUUGAGUGGGAGUGCCAAGAGAAACUGGACCAAAACAAUUAAUCUCUUGUGGCUGACAGUGCCUCUUGGUGUCUUUUGGUCUCUUAUCUUGGGCUUAGUCUGGCUACACUUGCUUGAAGUACCCGACCCUUCUGUGGUUCCUCACUAUCAGGCUGGUGUAGUGGCAUUUGGUCUUUCUGCCAUUAUUGAACUCCUGGGAGAGCCACUCUGGGUUUUAGCACAAGCUCAUUUGUUUGUGAGACUCAAGGUAAUUGCUGAAAGCCUUUCAGUAGUGUCAAAAUGCAUUUUGACAGUUACUUUAGUAAUCCUUUAUCCUCAAUGGGGCCUUUACAUUUUUUCCUUGGCUCAGCUUUUAUAUGUCAGUGUUCUGGUAAUGUGCUAUGGAAUUUAUUUUGUGAUGUUUCUGGGAUCUCCUGAAGCCACAAAGAAGUCAUUUCCAGUUUCUAGAGUGAAAGCUCUAUUACCUAGCUUUGUGGAGGAUGAGACCUUUGUGAACUGGAAGGAAGCACGCCUGACUUGGAGUUUCUUCAAACAAUCCUUCUUGAAACAGAUUUUGACUGAGGGUGAAAGAUAUGUGAUGACUUUUUUGAACGUGUUAAAUUUUGGAGAUCAGGGUGUCUAUGAUAUUGUGAAUAACCUUGGUUCACUGGUGGCCAGGUUUAUCUUUUUGCCAAUUGAGGAAAGCUUUUAUGUAUUUUUUGCUAAAGUGUUGGAAAGAGGGAAGACUGUAAAGGAUCAGAAGCAGGAUGAUGUUGCUAUGGCUGCAAAUGUAUUGGAAUUGCUGCUGAAACUUGUGCUCCUGAUUGGCCUCACCAUCACUGUUUUUGGCUAUGCCUAUUCUCAGCUGGCUCUGGAUAUUUAUGGGGGCUCAAUGCUCAGUUCUGGAACAGGUCCAGAUCUCCUGCGGUGUUACUCGUUGUAUGUCCUGUUUCUUGCUGUCAAUGGGGUAACAGAAUGUUUUACAUUUGCCUUAAUGUGCAAAGAGGAAGUGGACAGGUACAAUUUUGUUAUGCUGGCCUUGUCUUUCAUAUUUCUGUGCAUCUCUUAUUUCCUGACCCACUGGUAUGGCAGUGUGGGCUUUAUCCUUGCCAACUGCUUCAACAUGGGCAUCAGAAUAGCUCACAGCACCCACUACAUCCAUCACUACUUCAGAGAGAGCAGCCACAGACCCCUCUCAGGCCUGCUGCCCUCCCCAGCUCUGCUGCUGGUUUACACCCUCAGUGCUGGGGUCACUGCUUUCUCAGAGGUGUGGUUCUGCUGUGACAAGGGCUGGAUGGCCAGGCUGAUCCACAUCAGCACGGGUGCCCUGUGCCUUGCGGGCACCCUGGUGACGAUGUUCUGCACAGAGACCAAGCUCAUCCACUUUGUCAGGAGCCAGUUCCUCUCCCGCUAUCUGAAGAAAGGAACAUGACCUGCUCCUGUGCAGAGCAGUUCUUGUAUGUGCUUGCAGUAAAGGGCUGUGUUUUUUUCCAUGAGAUCUGUAUGGAAAAAAGGUUUCCACAUGUAUUUGGAAGCAUUGAUAAGGGAGUGGCAAUGUUGACAACUGCCACUGCAUGGAUAUUAUUUUGUCUUCUGAACUGGUCAGUACAGCAAAAGAGAGGUGAAUAAUUUUCUCUUUGUGGAUCAUUCUUGUCUAAGCUUUUCUUCAAGCAGCUUCUGAAGACCUCAGCUGACCCCCUGACACAACCUGGUUGACAGACUCUGUGUAGAGGGCUCCCCUUCCUGC